UGGCACAGUUUUUGUUUUGCACUUUGUGAGCAUAACGAAGUGGGAAGAGAUCCGAAAAACCUAGUAGCAAAAUUAGUGCAUCGUUUGAAUAAAAUAUUGUGUUAAAAGAGCAGUGCAAAAGCAGCGUAACAUUGUUUUAUAAUAUUCAUCAGAAUUCAGGUUGCGAUUGCGAAGUACUGUACACGUAUAAAAUAAACGUUAUGCCGAUAUAAAGCGUUCUUUUGAAAGUUUGUUUUCGGGAUACGGAAAAAGUUCCUCCUGCAAACCCAAGUGCUCCAAACAAAAUAACGAUUGAUCCGGGCAUCCUACUGCAAAGCUGGAACGGUCAAAACUCACACAAAAUAUGGCUACGGUCAAUCUGAAUGGACAGUGUCAUGACGGUGGUGGCGGAGCCGCUUCCUCCUCAAAGUCUGGUUACGGUUCCUCGUCGAGCUCCUCAUUUUCGCAGUAUCCGAUUCAGGGCAAGAAAGACCAAUGGAUUAAGCUGAAUGUCGGUGGUACUUGUUUCCUCACGACGAAGACAACCCUGUCGCGGGACCCGAACUCGUUUCUGUCGCGAUUGAUUCAGGAAGACAGUGAUCUGAUCUCCGAUCGGGAUGAAACAGGUGCCUAUUUGAUCGAUCGAGAUCCACGUUAUUUUGCGCCGGUGCUGAACUAUCUGCGUCACGGCAAGCUAGUGCUGGAUGAGGGUCUUUCGGAAGAGGGUGUGUUGGAGGAGGCCGAAUUUUACAAUGUGACUCAUCUAAUCGGAUUGCUAAAGGAUAGUAUCGCAAGAAGGGAACAGAGACCCACUGCGGAUAAAAAACGUGUCUAUCGUGUGCUGCAGUGUCAGGAAAAUGAGUUAACACAGAUGGUUUCAACGAUGUCCGACGGUUGGCGCUUCGAACAGCUCAUCAAUAUUGGUACAUCGUACAAUUAUGGUGCCGAGGAAAAUGCAGAAUUUCUAUGUGUUGUUUCGAAGGAAUGCGCCAACACGUUACUUGGACGAGAGAACGAAUCCAACGAUCGCGCCAAGGUGCUACAGCAGAAAGGUUCCCGUAUGUAAACGAGGAUAAGCGGCUGUUUCGUGUACAGAAGCAGCGCCGAAAGAAGUAAAACGUUAAGAUAACCACUACUUACAAUAGUAACACUAGCAUUGGUAGCGGACAGAGCAGACAAAGUUGAUAGCAUAAGCCCACUAGAACACCGUGUUACACAUUGUUUGGUUCACUUCGGCUUUACCGUUGUCAUCCGUGAAAAUUUUUCAUUGUAAAACAACAACAAAA